CAUUUCAGUACCCUAAUCCUUCGUCAUCGGAUCUUGGGAGGCAGCAAGUGGACACCUACGGGGGUCCUACAUGUCCACGGCCAACUGAGAGGCUUCCCAGACACUUCAUUUCCUUCUCUUGUUUGCGGUGUGGCGCGAAGAGAGUGAGAUGGCGGGUGAAAAAGUUGAGAAGCCGGUUUCUAAAGAGAAGAAACCUGUUAAUAAAGAGAAGAGGCCUAAGGCCAAGAAGGGGAAGCCCCACUGCAGCAGAAAUCCUGUUCUUGUCAGAGGAAUAGGCAGAUAUUCCCGAUCUGCCAUGCAUACGAGAAAGGCUAUGUAUAAGAGGAAAUACUCAGCAGCUAAAUCCAAGAUUGAAAAGAAAAAGAAGGCGAAGGUCCUUGCCACUGUUACAAAACCAGUUGGUGGGGACAAGAAUGGUGGUACUCGGGUCGUUAAACUUCGCAAAAUGCCUAGAUACUAUCCCACUGAAGAUGUGCCUCGAAAGCUAUUGAGCCAUGGCAAAAAACCAUUCAGUCAGCAUGUGAGAAAACUGCGAUCUAGCAUCACACCCGGGACCAUUCUAAUUAUCCUCACUGGACGCCACAGAGGCAAGAGAGUGGUUUUCCUAAAGCAACUGGGCAGUGGCUUGCUACUUGUGACUGGACCUCUGUCCCUUAAUAGAGUUCCUCUACGAAGGACACACCAGAAAUUUGUCAUCGCCACCACCACAAAAAUUGACAUCAGUAAUGUUAAAAUCCCGAAGCAUCUUACUGAUGCUUAUUUCAAGAAGAAGAAGCUCCGGAAGCCCAGACACCAGGAAGGUGAGAUCUUCACCACAGAAAAAGAGAUUUUAGCCCAGGCUGGGUUUGAACCUGCCACCUCUGGCAUAUGGAGCUGGCACCCAACUCCUUUGAGCCACAGGUACCACCGAACACCGGCUAUUUUUCAUUGCAAUUUGGCCAGGGCCAGGUUCGAACCCGCCUCCCUCAGUAUAUCGGGCCAGCACCCUACCCACUGAGCCACAGGCAUUGCCCAAAAAAGCAGA